AUGGAAGAAAAAAGGGAGGAAUUCCUGCUGAAGGGCAUGGAAAACCCUCUCGAAGAGUUCCAGGACUGCACUUCCAACCGGAAGUACAAGGCAGAACUUAAGAAACUUACGGAACACCUACAGAAGGCCCCCUUCCGGGACAUUACGGCGACGAUUCUGGAAGCAUCAACAAAGGUACUUGGAUUCUCGCAGAAGUCAAAGAGCUUGAAGGGCACCCACGUCAAGGUCCUCAGAGACGCCGCAGCUGCCAUAACAGCGGGAGCAAACGUAAUGGCCAUGCAAAUGGCACAGGACAAGUGCGGGAACAAUCUGGACCUUAUUGAGGAACUGCGGACGGAAAACGCUAACUUAAAAACGUCGCUGAAGGAGGUGAGGAAGGAGCUGGAGGAAGUAAAGGAGAUGCUCCGUGGUAUAAGGGAGGCGCUGCUUCAUGUAGCGGUAUCCUCCCCGCCCUCGAAGCACUUCGGAAACGCGAGCCAAGGUGUAAAAGAAGCACCACAGCGUGUACCGAGUGCUCCCUCGCCCCUGAUCCGCGUAGAGAGAGAAAGGGCAAUAACUCCACCUAUGGUGGACAUGAUGGAGGAGGAGGAGGCACCGAUAGGAGUUAUAGAGGUGCAGAAGGGAUUGAUCCCAGGGGAUAGGAGACGCCCGGUGAGGGAGAAUAACGAAGCCAGGAUCGCGAAAACAGGCCCCAAGAUCAGGGAGAACAUCCUCCUUGACACAAAAGUUAGGGUAGAAAGGAGGGAGGAACCAGAGAAGAACGCAAGGAAAGGACUGGAGGGAGACAUAACAAGGAUGGUGUUUAAAGCAUUAAAUGACUGGACAGCACAAGGAGAGGAGACUCCCAAAAAAGGGGCCGGGAAAGAUAACAAGGUAAAGGGAGUGGGGAGCCGGGGUGUGGUACAACGGGGGGGAAACAAAUAUGAUCAGGAGUACCCUCAAUUACCACUCACGCAAUCGCAAAGAAAGCAACAACAGGUACAGGAAACUCCUACACCACAAAAAGAGACGUGGACAAAAGUAGUGGGUAGGAGGGAAAGGAAGAAGGAGAAAGAAACACAGAAAAGGCAGGAGAUAAAAAGGGUGGUGAACAUCGAAAGAAAGGAGGGAAAGAAGAACAGGAGGAGAGUCCCCAACACGGCGGCGGUAACCAUUACCGCCGAACGGGGACAAUACAAGGAUCUAUUGGCGGAGGCCAAAAGAAAGAUCGAUCUCACCGGGAUUGGAAUAGAAAAAAUAAAGACCAGAGUGGGGGCCACAGGAGCGUUGGUAAUAGAAAUACCUGGGGAACAAAGGGGCAAGCAGGCGGAUCAACUCGCUGACAAACUCAAGGAGGUACUUACCGACAGAGCAAAAAUAAGUAGACCGCAAAAAAUGGGAGAGCUGCGAAUAAAGGGCAUGGAGAUAUCCACCACGGAGAGUGAAGUGGCAGAGGCAGUAGCCAAAGUAGGAGGUUGUCGAGUAGGAGAUGUGAAGACGGGAAAAAUGAGAAUGGCCUGGAACAGCUACCGGACGUUGUGGGUACAAUGCCCCCUCGUGGCAGCGAAGAAGGUUGCUGAGGAGGGCAACAUUACAAUAGGAUGGGCGUUAACUAAAGUGGAGCUAUUGCAGGCUAGAGCACUGCAGUGCUUCAGAUGUUUAGAGAAAGGGCAUGUACAAGUCAAUUGCAAAAGUAGCUAUGACAGGCGUGCAAACUGUUACAGAUGCGGAGAAAUUGGACACCUGGCUCGGGACUGUAACUCCAGAGCCAGGUGCCAAAUUUGUGCAGAGGCGGGAGUCAAGUCGGACCAUAGAAUGGGGGGGCCAUCCUGCCGUCCCCCUAAGAGAAAGAAGAGAAUCCCUGGGGAUGCGGUGGAAGGGGGGAACCUGCACCGCGCCCGUCAAGCGCUCCCUUUGUUCGAGCACACGAUGACGGAGCGCGGUGCAGGUUUAGGUAUAGCGGCAGAGCCCCAUCACGUCCCCAGGAACCAUAGAUGGUUCGGGGACGAGUUGGGCUCUGUCGCUAUAGUCUGGAAGGCGAGCAACAGCUCACCCCCUGCCAAGUACUUGGAUCGCGGCAGGGGGUUCGUUGUGGCCAGGUGGGGAGUCGUCACCGUGGUCGGGGUAUACCUCCCCCCAGAAAAGAGCCUGGGCUUGGCUGACUACAAGUCCAGGCUCCAAGAAAUGGGAGAUGUCAUCAAGAGACAUCUCCCGGGUCCUGUCAUCGUCGCCGGCGAUUUCAACGCCAAGUCGGAGCUAUGGGGCUCCCGGCGCGAUGACAGGAGGGGGGAGGUAACAGCGGAUUGGGCCGUGGGCCUAGGUCUGCACAUUAUGAAUGAUGGCAUAAAAUCCACGUUCGUGGGGUCGAGGGGGGAGUCUAUUAUCGACCUGUCUUGGGCAACCCCUUCGGCCCUGCGAAGGGUGCGGACCUGGAGGGUGGCGGAGGAGCUAGAAUCACUGUCUGACCAUCUCUUAAUAGAGAUGGAGCUCUCCGUCACCCCCGAUGGCCUACGGCCCCGCAACACGGACGGACCCCGGCCCGGUAGAUGGGCUCUAGCCCAGUUAAACAGGGAGGACCUGGAAAUCUCCCUGAUGGGCUCCACCUGGCCGCAGUGGAAGGACGGGCAGGACCUUGACUCUGAGGUCAUGGAGGUUAUGCAGGUUCUCGCACUCGCGUGCGAUGCCUCCAUGCCCAGAGUCAGGGUCUGCCCAAAACGAUGCGCCUGGUAG